CAAUGGAAAAUUCAUAAUUAUACCGGCUUUUUGAAACGAGGAAUUUAUGUAUAUCAUCUUUAUUCCUUGAUAAAAAUACAUAUUUGAAAAGUUAAAUAGUUGAGAACGUGAAAAAUAUUCACGUAAAUGUUAUUAUUAUUAAAAAUAUAAAAGUUUAACUACUACGUUAAGUUUGUUGGCAAGAAUUUUGAGUUGCUCAAUUUGUACGGUUUUAUCAAGAAACUGGAGGUUAACCGUUACAAGUAAAUAAAAUGAUACAGAUGAAUAAAAAAGGAUGCAGAGAAUUGCUAAUGCAGAGAAUGUUCUUAGCUAUAAUCUCCAGUAUAAUGGUACAAUUUUUACUUGUGACUUGCUUACUUUUAAUUACAAAUUUAAAUACAGAUUAUAUGUCAUGGAUUCAAAACACAUGGACAGCGAUAACCUCUUUUCGAAUGUGGAGUUAUUUCUGUGUUCUUGCUACCGUUACAUUUUUUCAAGGAGUUAUUUGUAGCAAAAGUUACUCUAACAUUCCACCCUACUCAAAAAGUAGGUUUAUUAAAUUUUUUGGAAUAUUCACAUAUCAAAAUAUUUUGAUGGGUAUCCUGCACAUUAUCAUUGGUGGUCUCCUUGUUUGGUUGCAUUUAUCAAUCAAAGGAGGCAAAUAUGGUUUUUUAAUGACAGAAUGUAACAUAAUUUAUGGAAUGUGUUUAAUGGAAGAACAUUACUUUUUAUUCUUAAGUGGAUUUUGGAGUGGAUUAUAUUUUUUCUUGAAGAUUAGUAUCUUCCAUAUGAAAUAUUUAAAAUUUCCUAUCAUAUCUUCAUCAAAGCUUUUUCGAUUUAAAGCAGGAAUCAGCUCCCUGCUUCCAUCAUUAAUGGCUGAAUGCAUAUGGCCAACUCUAUAUUAUUUAAUUGGUUAUUAUUUCUUGGGUCCUUAUUGCUGUUCCACAAUAUUAUUUUUGUCAUCCUUACAAUUAGAAAGUGAACCAUUGAGUAGCAUUCCUAGCUUGCUGAAUCUGUCAUUGAUUUUUCAAUUAUGGUUGUAUCAACUGAUGUUUGUAUUAACAAUUAACAGUAUGUAUUUACUAUUUGAAAUAUAUUUGACAGAAUGGGUUCCUUUUGAAUUCAAACGAAGUAAUGUAUUUAAUACUGCUGAAUCUGGAGUGACACUUCCUGACGCAUUAUCUACAGACAAAGUGCCAAUAAUGCAACAUUUAGGCUAUUUAGAUUUAAUUACAAUAGCACAAAAGGAUAAAGCAAGAAGAGGUGUAUUAUUCACACUCAGUCAACCUGGAGGUCAUCCUUACAAUUGGAACUGUGUUAUAGAAAGAUGUACUGGUCUCAUCAAAAAAUUUUCUGAUGAUCUCAGCACAGCAUGCAUUAAACCUCAGGAACCAAAACUAUCUUCUGGUGUUCCAAGUUCAACAAUGACAGAUAUUAGUGCAUUUCAGAAACAAUAUAUGUAUCGUAUGCGCAGUUUAAUAAAAGAAGAAGUACAAAUCUGUACAGAACAAAGUAAUAUAAAAAAAGAUGUUGACAAUGAACUGUUUAUUCAAAAAUUCGUAAAAACAAGAUGGAACAACUUUCUCGCAUACUUACUUUCUAAACCACUUAUUUCAUAUGUUUUUGGUGAAAUAGAGGGCGGUAAAGUGUGUCAUAUUUUAUUUAAAGGACAGACGAUAAUCUGGGCUGCGGAUGCAAUUUCAUCUUUAGCUGUAUUAUCAUUAAGUGAAGAUUCUUAUGGAAUUGCUCAAAAAGAUCUACCACUUAUAAUCAAUACUUUACUUGCAUUGAAGCAAGCUCUUGAUAAAUUACAAAAAUCAAAUAUUAUGACAAAGAAACAAUAUGGAGAUGAUAAAUUUAUUAAACAAAUCUUUCAUUCUUUACGUGCUGCAGCAAAACGCAGUCUUUAUAGAAUAGUUACAUGUUUUGAAAUUUAUAUAGGAGAUUUAGGAUUAGAAACAACAACAGUGGAACAGUUACAUAGCUUUCUUGCUUAUAGGGAAUAAAUUCUCGUCGUUCAUUGCAAACUUUAAUGUAUGUAUAUAUAUAUAUAAAUAACUUUUACUUGUAUCUACAUAAAAUAUUUUUUAGUAUCAAAAUAUGUCAAUGAUUGUAAGAUUAUUUUUGUAAUUGUUAUAUUUAUAUACACAAACAAAUUAUACUUGUGAUUAAUC